AUGUUCGAUGUUUGCGGGCAACGGAAGUUUCCGAUCGAACGAAAUAUUGCGAACUGCAUCUGGGGCUACAAGCCGAUUGUAGGCAGUUCGAGUAUGAGCGCCGAAAUGAAACCGAUCAAGGCCAAGGAAGGGAAGCAGCGUUCCUAUUACAACGUUAAAUUCGAUAACAAGGAUCGAACCAUCGAUGCGGAGUUAGCAACGAGCUUGGUCCUUCAAUAUCUCUACUACCUCUUUCUUCGAAACGAGGACAUUAAUUUUACGACAUAUCCCUUCACACUUUCGAAAGUUCUCUCCACGCCUCGCCAAGUGGUCAUCGCUAUCCCCGAGUACUACACCAAAUCGAACGUCCGGGGUCUCGAGGUCGCGCUGUCCCUCGCCAACCUCGGCCAGGCCAGUUUUCUCCGCGAAAGCGUGGCGGUGGCGCUGGACUACGGCUACUGCAAGGCGGAGAACCGCGAGUUCCCCGCGCAGGGCCGCACGAUUCUGUUCUGCGACAUGGGCAGCCACUGCACGACGGUGACGAUCGUCCAGUUCUUCAACGUGGCUUCGCGGCGCGCGGCUGACGCGUAG